CUGUUCCCUUUCUUUCCCCCAGGUGUAUCUGCACAGUCAUUUUAUCAUUCUUAUACACUAUGUAACGCAGCUUUUAACCUUCAGAUUGCCACUCCAGGGGGGAAGCCGAUGGAUUUUGUGGAACUGGAUGAAAAUAACAUACGCUGGAUCCAGGACUUCCGUAUGAAGCCAUACUCCAAUCCAGCGAAGCUGGAGUCAAUUGAUGGUGCAAGGUACAAUGCUAUCCUGAUUCCUAACUGUCCUGGUGCUAUGGUAGAUCUUGCAACCAGUGGAUAUCUGGCCAAGAUUCUCCAACAUUUCUGUGCUGAGCAAAAACCAAUUUGUGUGGUGGGACAUGGAGUUGCUGCUCUAUGUUGUGCAACCAACCAGGACAAGUCAUGGAUAUUUGAAGGAUACAGCAUCACUGGACCCUCAGUCUUCGAGCUAGUAAGGAGGAAAGAUUUUGCAAGCCUUCCAGUCAUUGUGGAGGAUUUUGUGAAAGACUCUGGAGGCACCUACAGUGGAAAUGAUUGCACUUUAUUUCAUGAUCGUAUUAGGACUCAACAGUUUGAUGAAAUGGAACUGUCAAAAAAGGCAACUCCCCACAACCGAUAAUAAAAACAGGAAAUCAGCAAACCAUGUCAGAAAAAAGCAGACCCUUAAACGCUGAAAAGCUACCUCAGUCGCAUUAGAGGCCAGCCAAGCUUUCGAUUUCAAAUGCAUGUCUGAGCGGACACGAGAUUAUGAACUUCUUCUGAAGUUUUAGAUUGAACAAUUAAUAUAUAGCUUAUUAAAAGUGAACCUGCUUUUAUUAACUGUGACCAAAUAAAUGUCUUGAAUUAAGGGAAUUGUACUUUGGAGUUUCUUGCAAAUGAACUGUAGCAAAAUCAGUAUGAUCUUACUGAGAAGGUGCAAGGUGUUUACACUGGAAAUCAUGCAGCAGCCUAUGUGCACCAAUGGAAAAACUGAGGAAAAAUAUUGAGCAUGUUUGGAUUGGAAAAACUACUGUUCUAAAUAGCAAUUUUAAGAAAGGAAUUAUGGCAUCAAGAAUAGCUAAUGAGCAUUUAUACCUGGAUACAAGGCGAAUAUAGUUCACAGCACAAUGGAGAUGAGCUUUGAAAGUUUGAAUUAUUCGAAGAUAUCCCUGAGAAUCUACAGACCCGGUUAGUCUUCCAGGAUAUGGGAAAGUGAGAAUAGCCAUAGAUAUAAAGACAGUGGUUUGCUGCACAGGAUUGUGGGUGGGAGUUUGUGCUUGGAUUGGAAAGACUAAGCUUGCAAUGAAUUUAAACAAAGUUGGAAAGUUUGUCUGGCUUUAACCAGGAAAUAAGUCUCCAGAGAAACUUACACCGUGAAAGAUAGUUCUGGAGUUUAAAGUUCCCAGGCUGGGAAAGGAAAAAUCUAUCAUCAGUCUUUGGGAGCCAAUAAUCAUUUUGGGCUGGUUCAAGAUGAAUUCAGUGUCUACUAAAAGAACAAUAUAAAGUAUAACUAUGAAGUAUGUAUUCUCAGUUGUGCUAGAACUAAAAAGGGAAUAUUUUUAUUCUGUGGUUUAAAGUGUAAGUUGCCUAGAAAUGUUGUGUUUACUCAAAAGUGCUGUAAUCUUGUGCAAAAAGGCAGGUCUUAAAAUGUGAAAUCUUGUCAUAUUACCCUUUCAACUGUUAAUUGGAAAUUUGUAUUAUUUUUAAAAGUUAUCAACCUUGGUGGUGAUGUAAUAGUUAUUUCCCCUGAGUUGGAUAGUUCCUAUGACAAUGAGUAGAGAAAAUCUGAAAGCCUCCAUUUGCUAAUGUUGCCGUAACAAUGAAGUAACCUGACAUGAUGCAAGGUUUUCUAGACAGGAUAUUUUGUUUGUUAGACAACUGAAGCUACUUUGUUAGGAAUUAAUUGUUGAAACGUUUGACUUUACAAAGUUCUAGAAAUCCUCUUUGCUUUCAGUCUCUCCAAAAGGAAGGCCUUGAUGUCUUACAAACCUUCAUGUUGAGAUAGGACUGCACUGUAUUGUAUCUGUAAAUCAGUAUGAAAACCUUAGUAGCUAAAUGUUCUAAAGGAAGUGAAUAAAAGAAAGCAAAUUUCUUUGCCAGUUCAUUUUGUUAGAAUACUUUAGAUUUUGAGCGAUGAAGCCUAAGGCAAGUUGAUGUACAUCCGCUUUGAGGGUCCUUCCUGUGCGUUUUAGUUGGAGGGCUCCAAUCUAUUAAUAUAUCUGAUUUCACUUUUUGUCUGUAUAAAAUAAAUUACUGGUAUUUAAAUUA